AUGGCGCCCGCCCGCCAACCCCCGUCGCAGUUCAGCAAAGAUGAAAAGGUGCUCUGUUUCCACAUGGACAUGCUCUACGAGGCUAAGGUCACCGACGUACAACCUGCCGAGAAGCAGGGCGACGGUUGGCGCUACAAGGUACACUACAAGGGCUGGAAGGCCACCUGGGACGACUGGGUGCUUGCCGAUCGCAUCCGUCCGUUUGACGACGAGAAUCGCGAGCUCGCCGCACAGCUGCACGCGCAGCUACGCCAAAGCAUGGCAAAGAAUAGCAAGCAAGCCGGCGGCGGCGGCCCCGGAGGGCCAGGCGGUAAGAGAGGCGGCCUCCGCGGUGGUCCCGGCCCAGACUCAUCGGGAGGGCGCGGCAGCGAGGAGAGGGGAGGCUCUGUGGCGGCAGGAGGCGGCUUGGGCUUGGGCCUGGGACGCGGUGCUGGCGGCGGCCGCCGCGGUAAGGACUGGGAGCUGGAGACCGAGGACGCGUUCCACGCCAAGCCCAUGAUUAACAUCCCCGUGCCAGACCACAUCCAGGCGAUGCUGGUUGACGACUGGGAAAACAUCACAAAAAACAACCAGCUCGUGCCUUUGCCGCACGCCAAACCCGUCACCAAGAUAUUCCAAGACUAUGUCGCGUUUGAGCGGCCGCACCGCGAGGAGGGUUCCGCCAGCAUGGACAUUCUCGACGAGAUUAUUGCCGGCUUUAGAGAGUAUUUCGAAAAGUCUCUUAGCAGGAUACUGCUGUACCGCUUUGAACGCCAUCAGUACAUGGACAUCCGCAAGCUGUGGGACAAUCCCGACGAAAACGCAGAGUACAAGAAUGUCUGCGACGUAUACGGCGCCGAGCACCUCGCUCGCCUCGUCGUCUCCCUCCCCGAGCUACUGGCACAAACAAACAUGGACCAGCAGUCCGUGUCCCGUUUGCGCGAGGAAAUCGGCAAAUUUACCGUCUGGCUCGGCCGCAACUGCGAAAUUUACUUUGUCAACGAGUACGAAACGCCGUCACAGGAGUACAUUGAUAAGGCGCGCAGCUUCUAA